UAUAGUCACUGGGAACUACCAGCACAUCCUGGCUUUGGCAUUUGCUGUGAACGAGAUCAAUCAAGACCCACAUCUGUUACCCAACAUCACACUGGGGUUCCGUAUUUAUGACACUUGUCUGAAUGCAUGGUGGACCAAUCAUGCUGCAGUUGAGCUUAUUUCUUCAUGGAAGAGCCGUGUUCCUAAUUAUAAGUGCGAUAUUCAGGACAAUCUCCUGGUGGUCAUUGAGGAACUGACGUCUUACUUCUCUGAUGAGAUCCAAAAUAUUUUUGGUGUCUACAAGAUACCACAGAUCACACAUGGCUUUUCUUCAGUUGAAAGACGAGGCGCCAAACUUCUGCCAAUCUAUCAGAUGUCUCCAAAUGGAUCCCAUCAGUACAAAGGGAUUAUUCAGUUGCUUCACCAUUUCAAAUGGAGAUGGGUUGGAUUUUUUGCUGCAAAUGAGGAGAUAUUAGAAUGGUUUGUGAAGGAAAUGCUUCCAGAAUUUUCUAAAAGGGGCAUCUGUUUGGCUGCCAUGGAAUCAUUCACUAGUAUAAAUUACGACGCUGACAAGGAUGGUUUUAUGAUAAGUUCUAUAACAUUUUACAAUAAACUCAUAAAUAACAAAGCGAACGUGUUGAUCUUUUAUGGAGACUCGCGCACUACAAUACCACUGAGGUGGCUGCUGAAUCAAGAAUUCAAACAAAAAAUGUAUCAGCCAAAAGGAAAGGUUUGGAUACUAACCAUUGGGUUGGAGUUAAAAAACAUUGCCAGAGGAAAGAGUUGGGAAGUACAAGACUUCCAUGGAGCAUUGUCCUUCACACUCCACUCCAAUGAACUUCAAGGAUUCCAACAAUUUAUCCAGAACAGAAAUCCUUACAGCCAUAAUGGAGAUGAUUUUAUCAAAGAGUUCUGGGUUGAGGCAUUUGGUUGCUCCUUUCAGGAUUCUGUUCAGGGACAUUUGAGUGGGCAUAUCUGUACUGGAGAGGAGAAACUGGAUAAUCUCCCUGAGCAUGUUUUCCCAAUGAGUGUCACAGGCCAGAGCUACAGCAUUUACAAUGCUGUCUAUGCAGUGGCUCAUGCUUUACACACCAUGUAUUCAACCAUAUCCCAAACCAAGGCAGUUAUGAAGGGAGAGAGAAGGAACCUUCAUGAACAGCAGUUGUGGCAAGUCAAUCGCAUUCUGAAAUCCGUGUCAUUUAAUAACACUGGGGAAGAGGUUCGCUUUGAUGAGAACGGGGAGCUAGUUGCUGGAUUUGAUAUCAUUAAUUGGGUCACAUUUCCAAAUGAAUCCUUUAUUGGAGUCCGAGUUGGAAAGAUGGACCCCUGGGCUCAUCCAGAUGAAACAUUCAGCAUUAAUGAGGAUGCUAUUGUAUGGCACAGCUGGUUUAAUAAGGCCCAGCCCCUUUCCGUAUGUAAUGCCAACUGCCAACCUGGUUAUAGGAAGAAAAAGAAGGAAGGGGAGCCCUUUUGUUGUUAUGAUUGCAUUCCAUGUCCAAAAGGUUGGAUAUCUGAUAAGGAAGAUUUGGACAACUGUUUCAAGUGUCCAGAAGAUCAAUAUCCAAAUGAGGACCAGAAUUUUUGCAUUUCCAAGACAGUAACGUUCUUAUCUUAUGACGAACCUUUGGGUCUUGGUUUAGCCACCUGUGCACUCUCGUUUUCUCUCAUCACUGUUCUGAUACUAGGAGUGUUUCUCAAGCACCGAGAAACCCCCAUCGUCAAAGCCAACAAUCGGAACCUCACCUACACUCUUCUUAUCUCCCUCCUUCUCUGCUUCCUUUCUGCAUUGCUCUUCAUUGGCCAACCUGAGAAGGUAACCUGUCUCCUCCGGCAAACUGCCUUUGGCAUCAUCUUCACCAUGGCUGUUUCUGCUGUACUGGCCAAAACCGUCACUGUGGUUCUAGCUUUUAUGGCAACACAGCCAGGAUCCAGGAUCCAGAAGUGGAUGAGGAAAAAAAUGACCAGCUUCAUUGUUCUCUCUUGCACUGUUCUUCAAGCAGGCAUUUGUCUUGGAUGGCUGGCCACUUCUCCUCCAUUCCCAGACACUGACCUGCAUUCCAUGCUGAAAGAUAUUUUACUGCAGUGUAAUGAGUCAUCACCCACAAUGUUUUACCUUGUGCUGAGUUUCAUGGGCUUUUUGGCUAUUGUUGGCUUUGUUGUGGCUUUCUUUGCUCGGAAACUGCCAGACAGGUUUAAUGAAGCCAAAUAUAUCAGUUUCAGCAUGCUGGUAUUUUGUAUUGUUUGGUUGGCUUUUGUUCCAAACUACUUGAGCACCAAGGGAAAAUCCAUGGUAGCUUUGGAAAUCUAUUCCAUUUUUGUCUCUAGCAUGGGUUUGUUAGGUUGCCUUUUUUUCCCAAAAUGUUAUAUAAUUUUGUUGAGACCUGAACUAAACAAGAAGGAGUGCUUCUUAAGGAAGAAGCAUUGA